AUGGAAAAGCUUCACACGGAUAUCGUGGAGAAUAUACUUGAUCGAUUACCAAUUCAGACAGUUUUAGCAGCCAAACAGGUAUGCAAAACAUGGAAAAUUCUCCUCCGUAGUAAGACUGAUAAGGUAGGUUUGCUCGUCGCUAAAUCAUGCCAUUAUCAUGUAAACGGAAACAGAACUUAUUCUGGAGAUCAGUUUGAUCUUAUUCAUGGGAAGAUGAAAUACAAUUACUCUUAUCAUAUACUUGAUGAGAUGCACAACUACCGCAAUUCUUUUUCACUCUUACCAUAUCCUGGAUAUCAGUCUCAGUUUGAUUAUGACAUGCUUGGGUCAUGCAAUGGUUUGGUUUGUAUCCAAAAACGAUGUUAUUGGAAUCUUGCAGAACCUUUUUUAAUUUGCAAUCCCAUCACCGGAGAAGUUGUGCAUGUUCCUAAAACUAAUACAUACAGAUUGGCCGGUUGGGCAUCGAACUUCAUAAUUGGGUUUGGUUAUUGUGAUUCAAAGAACGAAUACAAGAUUGUUAGAACGUACACGCUCUGCAUGGAGCCAAGGCUGGCUCCGGCUUGUGUCCAAGUUUAUACUAUUGGUGGUGACAGGGAGUGGAGAAAAAAAGAAUGCAUCAUCAAUAUUCCCGAAUCGGGUUCACGAAUAGGUAUCUAUGCAAAUGGAUCUCUUCAUUGGCUUGACCUACGUAAUUCCAUUAAGCACAAAGAUUGUUCUAUCAUAGCCUUCGAUUUGGAGGAUGAGAAGUUCCAUUUUAUUGCAAUUCCAUGUGUUGAAGAUGUUCAGUACAAACAAUAUCGCGUCAAUUUGCUGGGAGGGGAUCAUCUGUAUUUGGUGCACACAAUCUAUCAAAACCACUGCACGAAUAUCUGGGCAUAUAAGAGAAAAAAUACCAAUAUCCCUAAAGGAAAAUAUAAAGACACCAGUUCAUGGCAUUGGAUCAAGGAGUUCAACAUAGAGUGGGAAGAGACGUUCUGGAAAGAUGUGCUCCUCUUUGUGCCCAUAGCGAUUACACGGUACGAUGAAUUUCUAUUGCUUAACAAUCACAAGACCCUCUACUGUUAUGACCUUAAAACUUCCACAAUGAACCAACUUUUGGAUGGUGACAACAUGAUAAACGUAAUUCCUCACGCAAACAGCAUCGUUUCUAUGUCGACGUCGGAAGAUCUUAAAAACGGUUCAAGAUUGUAUUUUAAGCUUCCUAAUAAGACUGCACGGGCCAUGGACAAAAUUCAGCGCAAUUAUUGGUGGAACAAGAACAACUACAAACGCAUAUACUUGGUCGAUGGUCUCCUCCUCCUACCUAAAGGCUGGGUUCAGAUUAAUGUUGAUGCUUCUAAACUUUGUGCUAACCUUAUCACUGGAAUUGUGCUAAUAAGAUCUGAUGCAGGUGCUUUUGGAGGAGAAAAUGUUUCAGAACACAAGAUUCAGACAUGCAAGUCAAGCUGA